CCAACCCUGUCUCAAAAACCACUUCUGUUGUAGAAUGAUGUCUGUGACUGUUUCCAUCCCUCUCAGGCAGGCGGGCGGUCGAGGAACCCUAGAGCUUCGCCUUGAGCUGGGCGAAGAUGGGGCAAGCGUGAGCGCCGUCCAGCAACGCAGCACCGCCGCCGCGCUACUCGGUUUCAUGGACGAAAAGGCUAGAAGCGACCAGGAAUUGAGCGAGGAGAGCUCCCAACAUCUCCGCUACAGGCAGGACGAAGCGUCGGGCUUGGCGGGAGAGGAGGAGAGGGAAAGCGUCAGGGCUGCUGAGAUGAUGGGGCGGCGCAUGCGAGACGUGGGUGACGAGUUUAUGGCGCAGAUGUAUCGGGACUCGCGCACCAGCUCGUUCAUAGACGAUAUCGUUAGAGUGGAGGCGAACAACGCUUCAGCGGUGCGUACGGCCUUCACCCACUUCUGUGAGGUUGUGAACAUCAUUCUUCAGUGUGAUGAGUCUGGAGCAGCCCAGAUGAUAACCGUAGGGCGUGUAGCUGCCCUUUUCUCCUACUGCUACCAUCUCUGUAAAGUCUUUGUUUUCAAAAGAGGAAUCAUGGGUGUGGUGAGGUUUUUGGGACAGCUCAUGGGUUACCUCAUUCGGUGUUUGCACAGAAGCAACUUCUACGAAUUGCUGACCUCUCAAGGUGGAUGGGGUCAGCUGUUGAAACAGACAUCGCCUCCUUACCUCAUACUCCCUGUCGUCAUUGGUGCGGUCCUUAUACUGAGCUCUAUGGCCUAUAAAUACCUCGGCAACGACCACUGAUCAUGUACCACUGUGCACAAUUUGAUGCGGGACACGAUAACUGUAUCGUUUUUGUGUUCGACAUACGUCUCUUUCUGUGGUGUGUAAUUGAAGUCCACGUCCACGACACUUAACCAAAACCCAUCAAUGUCCCCAUUUAGGGCCAUGCAACACAACAUUUUAUAUAGUGCUCUGAUUUUUUUGUUGACAUUCGGCUGUCUCUCUCUGUUGUAAAAAUAUGCGUCUCAGAAUUUUAAACCUUUACACAUUGGAACCCCUUGAAGCGUGUUAAGUGUUAAUUUUUGCACUUCUGAGCGCAGAAUUUGAUUGACUUGGAGGAGAUAAGAGAACAUCAAAUGCUAUGUUUAUAAACAAUAUGUUAUUUUAUAGCUAGGAUAAAAGCAUUGGGUAUUAAAAUGGGUGUUGUUGUUGUUGUUGUUUAUAAUAUGCUAAUAAUAUGACAGUGAGAGGAUAAGAAGAAUCAAAAAAACUGAUGCAUUAAGUGGUAACGGCCGCGCCUGGAUGGACUUGUUUCAUGUGUCUCCACAAGUUACCGGAUUGAGAAAAAGAAGCCCCGCACUCUCGACAUUGAUAUGGCCGUUCGCCCGUGUGUGUCCUCCGGUGUUUCGCGAGCGUCGAGCUGUCACUAAAACCUCUCGAGCAGUAGGGACACUGAUAAGGACGCUCGCCAGAGUGCGUGCGGAUGUGAAUGUUGAGGGAGCUACGCUGCGAAAAGCUCUUGUUGCAGACGAUGCAACUAUAGGGCUUCUCGCCGCUGUGCGAACGAAGAUGGACGGUGAGACUGUGCGACUGGAAGAAGCCCUUGUUGCAGAUGUGGCAGACGUGCGGCUUCUGCUUGUUGUGCAUGCAUUGCUGGUGACCGCUCAGAGCGGCCUGGGAGGAGAGAUAGCGCCCGCAUUCGUCGCAGCGGAACCGUCGUCCGACACUCUGAGAGGAAUCGGGGUCCAUUCCGGUACCGGUCUCGGACACACCCUCCCCACUUUCCUUGUUCCCGACAUACUGCAGCAGUUGGUUGAAGGGGAUCCCGCUGCUUGAUAUCGCCAUGGCGUUUGGGAGACUCGCCGAGUCUUGGCUCGUUCCCAUGGACGGCUCCUGUAAAGAACCCUCGGUUUUUACGGGUAGGUUGCUGGGAGACGAUCCCUGUGGUGGUUCGGCUGUGUCGAUGCCUUCUUCAGUUUCGCUCGUCGAGUCGCUGGAAUGCUCGGAGCCGGCUGACGAAGAACUGCAGCCAUCUUCUCCCUUGCGUUUUGGUGCUCUACCUGUUCCUUCGCUGUCCAUCUCCCCCUCUCUCCCCUCCCCCUCCCCCUCCUCGGUCUUUUCCUCUUCUC